CCAGCGCUUCCUUCCGGCCGCCAUUUUAGCGGCUGUGCCUGGCCUCGCGGAGCCGCGGCUGCCGCUGCUCGGGGAGCGGAGAGCGCGCCCGCCUGGCCCCCCUAACCGACUCGCGGACCCGCCGCUAUGUCCAAGCGCCACCGCCUAGACCUGGGGGACGAUUACAGUUCCAGCAAGAAACGCACCAGCGAUGGGAAGGAUCGUGACCGGGACAGGGACCGUGAUGACCGUAAAGAUCGCGACAGGGAUCGUGACAGAGAUAGAGAUCGUGACAGAGAAAGGGACAAAGAGAAAGAUUUGCGACCUACAUCUAACUCUACUUAUUAUGGGGCUGCUGGGUUACCAACUAUAAAACCAGCUAUGAUUCCACACAGUAUUAACCCUUUCACAAAUCUACCACAUACACCACGAUAUUAUGACAUCCUGAAAAAAAGGCUACAACUUCCUGUCUGGGAAUAUAAAGAACGAUUUACGGAUAUUUUGAUUAGACAUCAGUCGUUUGUGCUGGUCGGAGAGACUGGGUCUGGUAAAACAACACAGAUCCCUCAGUGGUGUGUUGACUACAUGCGCUCGUUACCUGGACCAAAGCGGGGAGUAGCAUGUACCCAGCCUAGGAGAGUAGCUGCAAUGAGUGUGGCACAGCGGGUUGCUGACGAGAUGGAUGUCAUGCUGGGCCAGGAGGUUGGCUAUUCUAUUCGAUUUGAAGACUGUAGUAGUGCAAAAACCAUUUUGAAGUAUAUGACUGAUGGUAUGUUACUUCGUGAAGCAAUGAAUGAUCCUUUGCUGGAGCGCUAUGGUGUUAUAAUUCUUGAUGAGGCCCAUGAGAGAACACUGGCUACUGAUAUUUUGAUGGGAGUUUUGAAGGAAGUUGUGAGACAAAGAUCUGAUUUGAAGGUUAUAGUUAUGAGUGCUACUUUAGAUGCUGGCAAGUUUCAGAUCUAUUUCGACAACUGCCCUCUUCUAACUAUCCCGGGUCGCACCCAUCCUGUGGAGAUCUUCUAUACUCCAGAACCAGAGAGAGACUACCUUGAGGCUGCCAUUCGAACAGUGAUUCAAAUUCACAUGUGUGAGGAAGAGGAAGGAGAUCUCUUACUCUUUCUUACUGGACAGGAGGAGAUCGAUGAAGCCUGCAAGAGGAUAAAACGUGAAAUUGACGAUUUGGGUCCUGAAGUUGGUGACAUCAAAAUCAUUCCAUUGUAUUCCACCCUUCCCCCACAGCAACAGCAAAGGAUUUUUGAACCUCCCCCACCAAAAAAACAAAAUGGAGCCAUAGGAAGGAAGGUUGUUGUGUCCACAAAUAUUGCUGAGACAUCAUUAACAAUAGAUGGUGUUGUGUUUGUGAUUGAUCCUGGCUUUGCAAAACAGAAGGUAUACAAUCCUCGUAUCAGAGUGGAGUCUCUCUUGGUGACUGCGAUUAGUAAAGCGUCUGCUCAGCAGCGAGCUGGCCGUGCUGGUCGUACUAGGCCAGGCAAGUGCUUCAGGCUUUACACAGAGAAGGCUUACAAAACUGAAAUGCAGGACAACACUUACCCUGAAAUUUUGAGGUCUAACUUGGGAUCUGUAGUAUUGCAACUCAAGAAGCUUGGUAUAGAUGAUUUGGUGCACUUUGAUUUUAUGGAUCCUCCAGCUCCUGAAACUCUGAUGAGAGCAUUAGAGCUUUUGAACUAUCUGGCUGCUUUAAAUGAUGAUGGAGACUUGACUGAGUUGGGAUCCAUGAUGGCUGAAUUUCCAUUGGACCCACAACUGGCUAAAAUGGUUAUUGCAAGUUGUGACUAUAACUGCUCUAAUGAGGUCCUGUCUAUCACUGCCAUGUUGUCAGUCCCACAGUGUUUUGUUCGCCCCACGGAAGCAAAGAAAGCAGCAGAUGAAGCCAAGAUGAGGUUUGCCCACAUAGAUGGAGAUCAUUUGACGUUGCUGAAUGUCUACCAUGCUUUCAAACAGAAUCAUGAGUCAGUUCAGUGGUGUUAUGACAACUUCAUUAACUACAGGUCCCUGAUGUCUGCAGACAAUGUACGCCAGCAGCUGUCACGAAUCAUGGAUAGAUUUAAUUUGCCUCGUAGAAGCACAGACUUUACCAGCCGAGACUAUUACAUCAACAUAAGAAAGGCGUUAGUUACUGGGUAUUUCAUGCAGGUGGCACAUUUGGAGCGAACAGGGCAUUACUUAACGGUAAAAGAUAACCAGGUGGUGCAGCUGCAUCCCUCCACUGUUCUUGAUCACAAACCAGAAUGGGUGCUCUAUAAUGAGUUUGUCCUUACAACAAAGAAUUACAUCCGGACAUGUACAGACAUCAAGCCAGAAUGGCUGGUGAAAAUUGCCCCUCAAUACUAUGACAUGAGCAAUUUUCCGCAGUGUGAAGCAAAGAGACAGUUGGAUCGCAUCAUUGCCAAACUUCAGUCCAAGGAAUACUCACAAUACUGAAUUUAUGCUUUGAACUGAAGUUAUUCAGAGGACAGCUUUAAGAGAUGAAAGGAUUCAAAGUUCAAGUUGUGCUCUUCACUUUGGUUCUAUAAUGGCCUUUAUUUGAAAGCUUUUUAAUUUUUCUUUACAGUAAAUAUUCCAUUCUGAUUUCAUAAAUUAAACAUUUAUGCCUCCCUUUUGUGUUGACACUGUAGCUCAUACUGGAAAAGCUGAUCAAUGUUUUGCAGUUUAUUGAAAGUAGUUCUAUAUAUAACAAUGUUAUAAGCAUUUCUUUAGAAAUGGUUGAAAAUGCUUCUAAAAAUGUGAUUAUCGACCAUGGUAUGCAUGAUCGUUGUAAUUGUUGACAUUCCUUUUAGAAGUUGUGAAAUGUUACAACUUGUGCUUCUGUAGACACAAUCUUCAGCGUCGGUACAGAAGUACUGACUUCAAUAAAGUCUAUUUAUACUAAUUUUUUGCCACAGUAUGUCAGUAUUUCUAUUGUUUUGAUCGAAACGUGAGAAGCCAUGUAGCCUCCCAUUAACCUGUUGCUUUAUUGACAUGUCAGUAGUUUAGUAUUUUACUAUUAAAAUAAGUGUGGAUGCACAAUUCUGGUGACAUCAGUAUAAUGCAUACAAUGUUGAUCCCUUGCAGUCUUGUUUAAAUUUGUUAGGAGAUUGUUUUAAAAACGAAAUGCAUGCAGAUUUUUUUUUUUUUGGAGAAUGUUUUCUUCAGACAUACUCCUAGAUAUUUCUUGGACAGAACUGUAGUAACAUGUCCUGUACAGUGAAGUGUCUGUGGCCAGUUAGAAACUACCUUGCUGGGCAUCGUUCAGGUACAGUUUUUAAGAUUUGGCACAAAUAAUACUAACUCAAAUUAGACUGCGGUGUUGUAAUUUUGUAGUGAUUUUUGGUGAAAUAUGACUUGACAGCAUUUUCAAUUUGGGAAAACUAGUCCUACGUGGAAUUUAUAGUUAGGUUUGAUCAGAGGGCUGGAAUAUCUCUCCUAUGAGGACACACUGAGAGAAUUUGGGUUCUUCAGCCUAGAGAAGAGAAGAGAAGGCUCCAGGGAGACCUUCUGUCAGCCUUCCAGUACUUAAAGGGGGCUUACAGGGAAGCUGGGGAGGGACUUUUUACCAGGGAGUGUAGUUACAGGUUGAGGGACAAUGGUUUUAAAGUGGCAGAAGAUAGAUUUAGAUUGGACAUAAGGAAGGAAUUCUUCACUACUGGAACAGGUUGCCCAUAAAGUUGUGGAUGCCCUAUCCCUGGCGGUAUUUAUGGCCAGGCUGGAUGGGGCUUGAACAGCCUCAUCUACUGGAAGGUGUCCUUGCCCAUGUCUGGGAGGCUGGAGCUGUAUGAUCUUUAAAGGUCCCUUCCAACCCAUUUUGGGAUUCUGUGAUGUAACACUGGGUCAGAUUUCAGUUUUUCCUCUCCCUGGAAUAGGCUGAGAUUUGUUCCUUCUUGCAAAGAGAAGCUGGAGCAGCUCUCAUGUGCUGUUAUACUGUAAGGCUGAAUCAAAAAUAGGUUAAAUUUGAAGAGCUGGCAACUAACUGCAGUUGUAAGACUAAUCUUAAGCUCUGAUAUUGGGGUAUCCUAUUUAAAUAGUAGCAGUUGGCUACAAAAAUUACAUGGAAUUAAGUAACUUGAGGGUUGUUUUCUAAUUCCAACUUUUUUACUAAAAUGCAGUUUGUAUGGGGGUGAGCGGAGAAGUUCUGAAAACUUUUUGGUUAGCAGUGAAAACAGUAUUGUGAGAAAAAAUGGGUCUGGUGCUGAAAAUGUGAGUUUGCAAUGCACGGUGGGACUCUGAGUCUGCAUCAACUCUGAUAAGCUAGUGAGGGAUCUCCCCCACGUCAGACCUUGUGGGAUGGGUCUGGACUUUCCUGCCCUACGAAAGAAUUUUCAGUAGGAAGGAGGGAGGCUGACUCCUCAGAAAACGUUGAACUAAAUUUUCUGACUAAGUGGUUUUAUUUAAAACAUAGAGAUCCUGAACUUCUAAAGCAGUUUGAUUUCAAACUAGUGUUCCUAAACAUGCAAAUGUUUGUUUUACGAAUUCCUGCUGUAGGAUAGCUCCAGUUCGCUACACCGGGUUUCAUGGUGGCUUGCCUAUCCUCCUCUGGGGGGCAGAGGGGGCUGCUUUGUGCAAUGCUGAAAAAUGGCCGCUUGAAGGUAAGAAUUUCUCCAGUAAUUGUGUGCAGCCUACAGCUAAAUGGUGUGGAACCACCUUCUGUAUGACUUUUCCUGGAUAUGGCAAGGUCCAUGAUCACAGCCAGUUCUCAGCAGGAAAUCCCCUGAGGACCCCAGAACCAGCUGGCAGAAAUUGCAGUACUUGGGAAUGGGGGAGCAGAUGGCUGUGGCUGUGAGUGGGACUUGACAUGGUGGGAGAGGCUUUGGCCUGGUUUUCUUUUUUUUAUUCCUGUUUUUAAUUGUCAUACCCAUAAACUCAGCUUGGGCUGUCACAGCCAGACGGGGAUCUUGUCUUUGCUACCAGGAAUGCAAAUCCUGCGGGCCAAAUCAAUGUCCUCUGACAGCUGUGCAGCCCUGCCACCUUGCAAUUAAGGCAGUGACACCUGUGCAACCCACCUAAUGGCACUGGGGUACAGCUGUGUCACUGCCCUAAUUGGAAGGCUGUCGGGGGGGGACAGAGCAGGCCCAGGCUCCCUGGCAGUAGGAGCAUAAGUUCUGGGAAGUAGCUUGACUCUUGGGAUCCCACUGGGAUCUGGGGGCUGGCACUUUGAGGAGGUGCUGAAGCUCAAGCAUCUUUGGAACCUAGUGGGUUUGAUACUUGUGUGACAUUUGUAUAUGUCACAAUUCCCUGGAAAACGUUUUCCUUCCAAAGAAGGGACAAACUGAGCACUUGUGAUACUUCAGGACUAAAGCAUUAUCUUGUACUGGACUGUGUGCCCUGAAUGCACAGUUGUUCUUUCACCAGUGAUCCUGUAGCAGAGAGCAGCCCGAGGGUCAGAACGGCAAAGCUCAGUGUCUGUGCAGGCACUGCAAUUGCGGUGCUAGUGCACAAGACUGGUCUCUCAAUGAGAGUAUGUGAGGCUCUGGGGCAGCACCACAGGGACUCUUAGAAAUCGCUGUGGGCACCUUAGGCUGACCACAAAUUUCACUGUUUAACAUGUACUGUUAGAGCUAUGUGGCAGUGGGAAGGGAGCAAGUAACCUAAGAAGUGACUGGCCCUCUUUGAAAGAAAUGAAAGGCACAAGGUGGCUGCUUAAAAAAAGAUAUUUUAUAGGUCCUAAAGGGAAACUGUAUUGGGAACUUGUUAACUACAGUUACCUUGGGGAUACAAUAUCCAUGCAGAAUAACUUGGUUUUGAGAAUAGCCCUGGGUUGUCAUGAGUGUUGAGAGGUAAAACUUUGUUCUUAUUUUUUUCCUGGAAAAGCUGUCAAAAAGGUUGCCCAAAGAAACAAAGGUGAUCUAGAAGGAAGUGUAGGAAUGAGGCCACUUUAUCUGUGAGUGGAUGAAGGUCAAUGCCUCCCUCUUGGAACAGUUAAAACCACCCGCAGUCCUGCUUAUCAUCAGAGCUUUGGUUUUGGCUGCUUGUGCUACAGACUGCAGUAAAUGAGAGUGAAGUUGGAAACUGCAACACAUAAAGGAGUUUGCUAAUGUCGAAUAGAAACGCAGCUUCCCAUGCAUUUUGUUCCAUGAAAUGCCACAGCUGACUAAAAGACCCUAUGGCUCUCUCUGCUGGCCUGUGGAGCCAGGAAUCCUCAAAAAAGUACAUCAGCUGCCCCGACCAACUUCAGCUCUUUUCUGCUGCGUUCCCUGCCUUACUAAUGUUGCUUCAGAGCAUUCAAAGUACUCGCUAGGGUGUAAGCAUGUUUGUUUUGGAGUAUUGAGGAAUUGCUCCCUUAGGAUUAGUUGGUUAUCUCCCUUUUGGAACAAUCUAAAAGGAAAAGCAGUGCUUUGUUUACUUAGUCUUUUUUUUACCAGAGGAAUUCUGAAGGGAUUUGAAAAUCCAUGGUUUGUAUUAAAUAAGCUAUUUAUUGUGUGGGAUUUCUGAAAAUAUAGAAUGGAUUAGAUGACAAGAAAAUAAUACUAAGUGCAAGGAGUAUAUUUUUUGAAGGGAGGAGAGUCUUCCAUCUUAAUCAUGUUUCUGUGUAAUACCUCAAAGUAGUAAAGGGCUAAUACUGAUGCGAGGUCGUAACUGUUUAGGUUUGUUAGGUACAGAGGUAGUUACGUAGUUAAUGAUGACCAAGUACAUAAAGCUAUGUUUAAGUGCACAGCUACUAACAUUAUGGAGACACAAAGAAGUGACCGGUUUUACUCUGGUUUUGGAUGUGUGGGGGUAUUCUAGCAUUUAGAAGUUUUGUCAGAGUAAGCGGUGACUUCAUGCUUCACUAGGUCUCUAUGUCAAAAAAACCCCUGCACUGCUUUUGGGGAGAUCUGUAUAUAUACCACUGCAAAAGACAGGCAUAAAAGUUCCUUUUGGGAUUGUGUAUCCAUUUGUUGUACCUGCAUUCAUCUGCUGAAGCGCUGUUGGUACAGGCCAGUUUGUAUUAGUUUGUUCUGUAUCCAUUUGGUCAGAGCCAAUAGCACAAUUUCCAAUCACUUUUUCCGUUCUUGGAUCAAGGCUUGUGAAACGCCAUUAGUUUGUGACAUGUAGCUUUCAGCGUGCAUUGCUACACGGUGCAUAUUGGUAACUGCUAAUUAUUUGCCAUAAGAAAUGAAGUGUAAAGAAAAAAUGCUGAGAUUAGCUUUCAGUAUGUCAUUUAAAAAGAUAACGAAAGUCAAAGGACAAAUAUUUUUCCUUCCAUCCAAUCAGCCUGCAAUUAUUAAUUUGUAAACAGAUUGCUACAGUUUUAUUAAUCUUCUGACAAUUUAGCAAUAAAAAGCCAUACCACACCAUGAUGCUAGGAAGCAGAGUUGUAUUCUAAAAAGUACCUGAAUUUAUUCACUUAGUGUAAUUUGUCAGGAAUAUCCAUUUAUCUUGCUUUUAGAACAGCUUAAGGUUUUAAUAAUAAAAAUCUUUUACUAUUAGAAGUAUAAUCUUGUAUCAGUACUCUGACCUUUUAAAACUAUUUAACUUCAAGAUCUACGUAUGUGAAGCAGAGAGGGGGAAAAAUGACCUACUAGGACAACCUAGUUCAUUUUCUACUAAUACAUCUUACAGUUGUAGCUUUCUUUUGUGGUGUGUGUGCUAGAACUGUUCUGAUACAGAACUGCACAUUGGCCCCGGCAAUACAAGGGUCAGAUAUUUUUGAGCUUUAAAACCAGGAUGACACCAUUAUGUGCGAGUGCUUGCCUCUCUUCCCUUUUUCUUUCGCAAAGGACAGGCUUGGGCUAAUUUGCACUGAUGCGCUUGAGAUAAGUGGCUGGCAUCAAGGAGAUCCCAGCUUCCAGUAUCAAGGGAUUAAACUAAAUAUGGUAACAGCAGUAAAGUAACAUUCCUGUAGCAGUGGUAAUCAACUGAUUCUGCUGAUUGAAGGUGUUUUGGUUUUGCAGUUUCAAUUCAGAUCUGAUAGUUUCUCAGGAACACUGAAUGUAUGUUGGACAGAUGAUAAAAUAAUUUUCCCUUUGUGUACAUGUUGGCUCUGAGUGAUUCUUUAAGCUUUUUCCAGCUGUGAAAGCUAUGCAGUAGUUAUGUUGUACAGAAAAAUAAAACAUAACACAAACUAAUGUUGAUAAUAAAUAUUUCCUGU